AUGGCCACCUCGCGACAGGCCGCUGCAGAAGGUCAACUCGUUGACCAGACGAACAUUCUGCCCAAAGGACGUUUGUUGAUUUUGUACACGACUUUAUCGUUAUCGCUUUUCAUCUGCUAUGCCGACCAGAAUGGAAUUGCUGUUGCCUUGCCGACGGUCGCUCGAGAACUCAACGCGGCCAACACAAUCUCGUGGGCCGGGACGUCGGCUUUGAUCGCAAACACUGUCUUCCAGGUCCUCUAUGGUCGACUUUCCGACAUUUUCGGCAGGAAGGUCGUGUACCUGUCAGCGAUCGUCCUUUUGGUCAUUGCCGACAUUCUGUGCUCGAUUGCGCCGAAUGCAGAGUCACUUUAUGUCUUCCGAGCCUUGGCAGGUAUCGCGAACGGAGGCAUCAACAGCUUGACGAUGAUGAUUGUCUCGGAUGUUGUGACUUUGAAGCAACGAGGAAAAUACCAAGGCAUACUUGGUGCUUUCAUCGGACUGGGGAACACUUUUGGACCUUUGGUGAUGGCCGCCUUCGCUCAAGGUUCGACAUGGCGGGGCUUCUUUUAUCUCCUGGCUCCAAUGGGCGCACUUUGCGCAAUCUCUGGGUGGUUCCUGGUACCUAGCAAGCCUGUCGAGGGUCGUGGCAUUGAGAAAGUGAAGCUGAUUGACUGGUGGGGUAUCCUAACCGGGACCGUUGCUGUUGUCUUUCUCCUGAUUCCUAUCUCUGGCGGUGGAUCCUAUUUCGAAUGGAGCUCGGCACUGGUCAUAUCAAUGCUCACCAUCGGCAGUAUCGCUGCUUUGGCGUUUGUUGGGGUAGAGCGCUGGGUCGCCAGGCUUCCAAUGACACCUCUGUCGAUGUUCAGCAACAUACCCAUAGCAGCUAUGCUAUCGCAGAAUUUCCUGUUCGGGAUGGCGUACUAUUCAGAGCUCUAUUACAUUCCGCUCUAUCUGGAGAAUGUCCGCGGAUAUACGCCGCUAGUGUCUGCCGCUCUGACCGUCCCACUGGUCAUUGCGCAGGCGAGCAUCAGUGCCGUUUCUGGUCAGUACAUAAGUCGCAUGGGCCGCUAUGGCGAAGUCUUGUGGAGCGGCUUUGGUAUGUGGCUUCUCGGCGCUGGCCUGAUGAUUAUGUUCAAUCGUGGCACUUCUAUUGUUGCGAUUGUCUUCAUCAACCUGGUGACUGGCCUUGGUGUUGGAAACGUCUUCCAGCCUAUCCUCGUGGCUCUGCAGGCGCAUGCACCAAAGGCUCAGCGUGCAGUCAUCAUCUCGAACCGCAACUUUCUACGAUCGCUUGGUGGUGCCGUUGGCCUGGCCAUCAGUGCUGCCGUUAUGCAAGCCUCCCUGGCAGCAGCUCUACCGGAUGAACUGUCAUACAUCGCGAGCAGCACCUAUUCUAGAGUGGAUCUAGCAUCCUACACCACGGACGAGAGGAAUCAGAUCCUGGACGCCUACAGCUCAGCGUUGAGGACAGUUUUCAUCUGGUUGACUCCGUUAGUGGGGUUGUGCCUCGUCCUUUGUAUACUGGUGAAGGAUCAAGGGUUGGAACAGAAGGAAGGCCCGAGCGAAAAGGGCCCUGAUGUUGAGAACCCCAAGCAUGAUGUCGACGGUCGCGAGUCUGAUAGUGAGGACCAUAAGUCUGACAGCGAGGGUCGCAAAUCCGGCAUCGACGGCGAAAAGUGA